GAGAGAGAGAGAGAGAGAGAGAGAGAGAGAGAGAGAGAGAGAGAGAGAGAGAUGGAAGUAAACUGUACUUAGUUUCCUGGAUAGAGAGAAAACUUAUGAUUGGAUGCAUAGAGAAAUGCUAGGUAGAAUCUUAAUUAAUUAGUUAUAAUAAUAAUUAGUUAUACGGUUUUAGGCCACCAAGAACGCGCCUUUGCAUAGAGACCUAGUAAAAUAGUUUAUUUUUCUUUUCUUUUCUUUUUCCUUAUUCUGUUUUCAAAUAUAUUCUUAAUUCAAAAUAUUAUACAUAAUAUUACGUUUUGCUUGAAAUGUACAACAAUGUAUCAAAUGGUACGAUGUUUGUUUAUUGUCGGAAAGCCAAAACGCGCGCGCAGCAGAGUGAAGUUAAGUGAACACCCCGCCAAUCCACAACCAUCAAGUAAUAUAAACAAAUGGUUUAUGUUCCUUGACAGCCAUACACCUUGCAUGUGCCUUCUUGGAGAGUUUAAACAGCUCCCCAGACGGUGAACACUCGUAGACGCUCACCAAGGUGUAUCAAGUGGGCAACAUCACCACUCUACUCCCAAGAAGUUCAGUGAACAGUGAAGGCUUGCGGGUACACUGACCACCCCUGACUUCAUUACAGACAUGGAUUUAACGAAUUAUACAAAGAACAAUUGGAAAAAUGCUUUCCUGGACUCUGCCAUCCCCAGUGUGUGCAAGGAGCAGCCGUGUGUGCUGGGCGUGGAUGAGGCAGGCAGAGGACCUGUGUUGGGUCCAAUGGUUUAUGGCAUCUGUUUCUGCCCAGUGACAAGGCAUGAAGAUCUCAAGUCAACUGGUGUGGUGGACUCAAAGACACUGAAAGAGGAGGACAGGGAGAAGAUAUUUGAUAUCAUCCACAACAACAAUGAUUUUAUAGGCUGGUCACUGGAAAUCAUAUCUCCAGUGUAUAUCUCCACUAAUAUGUAUAAAAGGCCCAAGGUAUCACUGAAUGAAAUCUCCCACAAUUCUGCCAUUGGCCUUAUCAAGCGAGCCAUAUCAGCUGGGGUGCAGGUGUCUGAGGUUUAUGUUGAUACUGUUGGUCCUCCAGAGAAAUAUGAAGCCAAGCUGCAAGAGAUCUUUCCUACCCUUAAGGUGACUGUUGCCAAGAAAGCAGAUGCCUUGUAUCCUUGUGUCUCUGGAGCAAGUAUAUGUGCAAAGGUUGCCCGUGAUAAAGCCUUAGCUGAAUGGGAAUUUCCUGAAGGUACUGAAGCAAGGAACUGGGGCAGUGGCUAUCCUGGAGAUCCUGUUACCAAGAACUUCCUACAAAAUUCCCUGGAUCCAGUCUUUGGUUUCCCUGGACUUGUAAGGUUCUCUUGGUCAACUGCUGAGAAGAUAAUGGAUGAAAAAUGCAUUCCUGUGACAUGGAAAAAUACUGAUGAAGAGGAAGAAGAAAACAAUACCCCAUCAGUCUUGGAAUAUUUUGCUGCAAAACGAAAAUCUUCAGAUAAUAGUAAAGCUCCCUCAUCAUUACUACCAAAGAAACAUUUCUUCUUCACUGAACGAUGUCUGAAUACUGUUAGUGAUUUCUGAAAACAGGGAGGAAAGUCUCUCUCUCUCUCUCUCUCUCUCUCUCUCUCUCUCUCUCUCUCUCUCUCUCUCUCUCUCUCCAAAAACAAUACAAAAAAAUUAUUAUUGUCCAAUCAUUACAUAGAACACUACCAAGGAAAAGUGUUCUCCAUUUGUUUUUUUUAAGAUAUAGGCAUAAGUUAUUUCUGUUUGCAUUCAUAAUGUGCUGAAAAAUAAAUACUAUUGUUAAGUAGAAAAUAAA